AUGCAGCUAAAAAUUCCCGCGCUGCAGCGUGAUGCGUCACGCGCUUGCGUGUCUUGUGGCGCGCCCGCGGACGCGUAUUGCGCGAGAUGUGCUGUCACGCCGUACUGUAGUGCCGCGUGCCAGCAGCGUGAUUGGAGAGCGAGGCAUCACGCCGUCUGCCACAAUCUCGCAAGGUUAGCUGAAGGAAAUGCACCAAGUCCGAUGCAAGCUUCACCCACCAAUGUACCAACGCUGCACUCCACAGCACCGUUACGUCGACCUCAUUCCCCUAUGAAGAAUGUUAGAAGGUUCCAGAAUACUGAAGAAGAUGAUGGUUCACAAGCGAGAACACUUCCUUUAAAUACGAAUACCGAUUACCAAAAUGGUCAAAACAGUAAUAAAUCACAAGAUAGAGCGGGCAAUAGAUAUCAGAACAAAACUCAAGGAUAUAAGAACAAAAUACCUCAAAACAAUAACAAUAAAACUCAAAACACAAAACCUCAAGAUAAAAUUGAGAACAAUAGUGGUAAUGUACCUCCAUUACGAAGACCACAGAUACGAAAUGAAACCGAAGAAGAGGAUUGGAGUAAUACAAAAACUUCAACACCCAGUAGCAUUGUUAAACUACCAAUGAAAUCAAUAAAGAAGAUACCAGAAAAAUCAACAGAUGACAAGAAAGUUAUGAAACCAUUGUCAGUUGAAGACGUUACACCGACAAAGAAGAUUGUACCUACAACAUACUUAGUGGAAACCAUGUCUGUUGGUGACAUAGUGAUGGUGUCAAUAGACAAGGUGGCAUCGGAAUGCAGAAUCAAUGGACCAGGAUACAUUGGUGUGUCAUUGCAUGAGAAAUAUGAAGCGGACUAUAUGAGUCUGUGUGAUGAGUAUGCAGCUGAUUGUGAAAAAGAAGGGAAAUUCACUCCUAGUCCAGGCGAUGUAUUCUCCUAUUAUAAUAAAGAAGAUGGUGCCUGGUACAGAGCUAGAUGUUUAAGUAAUAAUCUAGCUGCAUUAAUAGACAGCAGUGCUGUUGUUACUAUGACGUCAGAUUGCAGAUCUUUACCUCUCAAAUAUGCUGAUAUACCGGAGUUUUCGUGUUUUAUUAACGUUGAAGGAGUCCAACUUGGUGACAAUGUGAAGUGUACACUCAAAGCCAAACUUAAAGACAGCUACAUCGUUGUUGUUGAGAAUGUGGUAAAUGGCGCUAGUAUCGGCGAAGGAGAAUUGAAGAGAUGGUGUCCCGAAAUUGAAUAUCCCGUUGCUAGUGUCGGUCCAGUGAUACCUGAGAUCUUGCGACCGGACGUGUGCGACAAGUCGCGUGUACUUUUAGUCGAGGCGACGGAUUUGAAGCGCGCUUUUAUACGCAGCGCUGAAUUGACCUCACAAAGAAGAUACGACUCUGUUCUACAGGAUGUUGUUUUAUAUGGACAAAGUGCAAAACCUUUAACGGAACCACCAAAUAAAGGUCAACUUGUUAUAUCAAAGUAUUCAGAUGGACUUCAUUAUCGCGCCAUUUGUAAAAGAACCAACGUCAAACAGAAUAAAUAUCUACUGGAAUAUGUGGAAUUUGGUAAUUUAGAAAUAUCAAAGUUACAAGAUUUAUAUCCGUGUCCAGAUGAGUAUGAUCUCUCAUCUCAGCCGGCUGAAGCCAGUCAGGUGUCUCUGUUGACCGGUGACUUUAAUAUAACACAGCCCGCUGUCGAAUAUAUUGAUAAAUUAAAGGAUUCCUGCACUGAAUUGAUAUUGACUAUACCAAAUGGUGCGAAGACAGCGCCAAGCGGCUCAGAAGUGAAACUUAUGAUAGCUGACACAAAAGAAUGUGUGAAUACGAAAUUGGAGGAAUUAUGUACACCAGAGUGGAAGAAAAUGGAGAAGAUAGGAGUUGAUGUUGUCGAAACUCCUUGUAUAAUGUAUACUGACUUAGAACAACUCGAAUUGCCAGAUGGAGGCUGUGAGAUUGAAGUUUUAGACAUCAGCUCGUUAGAUGGCGCUACUAUAUCUGGAUAUAUGAAGGGGGAGCCACUUGCCAAGAAGAUUCUAGAAGAAUUAUCCGAAAAGAUGGAGGCAUAUUGUAACAGUGACAUAGGAAAAGAGCCAUAUCUUCCUAAAUUGGAAGAACUAUGUAUAGCACAAUGCCCUCCUUAUCCUCAAUGGUACCGCGCGGUGUUCUGCGAGCAGGUGUCAGGUGCUGGUGGUGUGAGCGCUCGUCUAUGUUACAUUGACUAUGGUAAUAUGGAAGUUGUACCUGUUGUUGGUCUCAGGAAGAUGUUGCCAGAAUUCGUCGUUGGUAUACCGGCGCUGGCAUCGCAUUUGGAGAUUAGAGAUUUUCCAAAACAACCCUCACCGGAACAAUUAUCUAAAGCUAUUCAACAUAUGGAGAUUAAUGAAGAGGGUAGAGGUCGUCUCAAGGUCACAAAAUGUACAAAACUCGAUAAGGGAUUGUAUAUAAUUGAUGCACCCCAGUUAAUAGCAGCUAUGAUGUAAAACUGUUAGUUGCCCAAUGUUGGGCAAAGUUGAAGUUGCUCAAAGUUGGGCAAAUAUUUAAUUGCACAAAGUUGGGCAACUAAUAAGUUGCGCAAAUUGUAAGUUGAUCAAUGUUGGG